CCUCUCUCCAAACGUUCAUACAUUCUUUUCAACCCUUCUUUCCUCCAACUUUCUCUCCAAGAAUACUUUCUUUCAUUCCCAUUGUCAAGCACAAUGAAGUUCCAAACUCCCAUUUCGAUUCUCCUCCUCGCGGGUCUGAGCAGCGCUCUUCCUAUGCCCGACGCAUUCCCAUCACUCAACGGCCGUGGCUUGGACUCCGGCGUCCCUGAGUCUGGCGGCGGCUAUUCCGCUCAACCCACUGGCACAUCCAGCUCAUCUGGCAGCGGAGCGGGAUCCGGCGGAAUGCUGGGCGGAUUGCUCGGCGGUAGCGGAGGAAGCUCUAGCGGAGGUGCGGGUGGCUUGCCUUCUCUUCCCAUCCCGGGCGGUCUUCCUGGCCUUGGUGGCUCGGGUAGUUCUGGUGGCCUGCCAGGACUGGGUGGCGAUGGAGGGAAAGGUGGACUACCUUCUCUCCCUCUUCCCGGACUAGGCGGCUCUGGGGGAUCUGGGGGACUCGGACUACCCGGUCUAGGUGGAUCUGGAGGAUCUGGAGGACUGCCCGGUCUAGGCGGGUCUGGCGGCUUACCCUCUCUCCCUCUUCCUGGACUCGGCGGCGAUGGAGGAAAGGGUGGUCUUUCAUCUCUUCCUCUUCCAGGACUAGGGGGCUCCGGUGGGAGCUCCGGCGGUUCUGGAGAAGGCUCUGGAUACAAAGCUUCCUCUUAG